AAGUCCAAAAAGUGCAAGGCAUAAACCCAGGGAUUGGUUACCCUAUAUUUAGGCCCAUAACCAAAACACAAUUUGCAAGGUCACACCACUCACUGAGUCUGAGAGCCUCGCUCUCUUAUUGAUUUCACUUUCUUCUGCCACUGCUCUGCUUCUCACCCUCCUCUCUCUUGUUUCAUAAAGUGCCGUUCUGUAGCAAAACCAAAUUAGGGCAAAUACUAUGGAAGAAAUCAUAUCCUCAUGUUCUCCACCCACUUUCUGCCAAGAAACCUCCUCCACAUUUCAACAGCGCCUACAGUUCAUAGUUCAGAACAGGCCCGAGUGGUGGGUGUAUUCCAUUUUCUGGCAAGCCUCCAAAGUCAGCAUUAGUGACCAAGUUUCCCUGUCAUGGGCCGGCGGCCAUUUUUGGAACACUCACGAUCACUUGGCAUCGAAAAGAAGCAGUGGAGUGAUCAACAGUUACCAACCCAAGUUUGGGUUCAGUAAUGGAGAGAGAAGUAAGGUGAUUAACCAGGAAGUUGAAGCUCUUUUGCAUGAUGACAUGGUGGAUUUGGACAUGAGGCUCGUGGAUCAUGAAGAUGCCACUGACUCCGAGUGGUUUUACUUUUAUACCGUUUCUUUAACCCAGUCAUUCUCUGCAGGCCAGGGUAAUAAUAGUAAAAAUAUUGUCGGCAGGGCAUUUGGUUCUGGUGGGUUUGUUUGGCUUGCAGGUGACCACGACUUUCAGUUUUAUGAGUGUGAGAGAGUCAAAGAAGCAAGAAUGCAUGGAAUCCAAACUUUGGUUUGCAUUGCAACUCCUUGUGGGGUACUUGAACUGGCCUCUUUGGAUGUUAUCAAAGAAGACUGGGGUCUUGUGCAUUUAUCAAAGUCGCUGUUCGGAUCAGACGGCAACAUCAACAUGAACAACAAGAAGAAGCUCUCAAAGCAGCAGACCACCCGGGAUGGCAAUGUACUUGUUCCUAUCCUAGAAAAUGGACUUUUUUCAGCAGCUCAAAAGGAAUUGAUUCGGCAAGAUCAUGGUGGUAGUAUAAACGAAGCUGCACCUAUCAAUCUAGGAGAAUCGUCACCGGAAACACCUUCUGACUCCGUUGGCAACUUCACAUUGGAGAAUACGGAGAACAUGAAUCGGUUGAGAAAGAGAGGAAGAUCAUCAAACCAUGGAGCUGCAAGUAGAGAAUUACAAUUGUUAAACCACGUUGAGGCCGAGAGACAGAGGAGGGAGAAGCUCAACCACCGAUUCUAUGUCCUCCGGUCAGUUGUUCCCAAUGUGUCAAAAAUGGACAGGUCCUCUUUGCUUGCCGAUGCCGUGUUGUACAUCAAUCAACUCAAAUCAAAAGUUGAGGAAUUGGAGGCAAAAGUCCAAGAACAAACACAAAAACCUAAAGCGGGCAAUAAUGCAAGUAACAAUCUUGAUCAUCACUCCAGCCAAAGCACCAGCUCCAUCGUUGACCAACAUCAUUAUUCGUAUUAUAAUAUUAGUAAUAAUAGCAAUAGUAAUAAUAACAGUAUUAGUGAUAGGGCAGCAGCUGCGGCUGUGGAAGUGGAUGUGAAGAUUUUUGGGUCAGACGUCAUUACGUGUUCAGUGUCCGGAUCAAGACUACCCAUAUGCUAAGUUGAUGAAUGCACUCAAGGGCCUAGGGCUACAAGUUUACCAUGCAAGCAUAUGGAGCGUGAAAGAGUUGAUGGUUCAAGAUGUUGUGGCAAGAUUGCCUUAUGGGUUUACUGGUAAGGAGGCAUUGAGAAAUGGUAUUAUGAAAGGAUGGUACUCCUAAAAAUUACAAAAAUACUACUUUUACCAUCUGGUUGUACCAUAUCUUUAAUAAAGACGGAAUACACAAGCGUUGGCAGACCUUAACUUUAGAGAGAUGAUACAAAUGAUGGUAUAACUAGGUGGUAAGUGUAGGCAUUACACUAAAACUUAUAAGUUUCAUUUGUUUAGCUUCCUUUUUUUUUAAAAAAAAUUAUUUAGCUUCCUUAGCUAAUGAUUUUAUUUUACAUUGGUAGUGCUUGUUGUACCUCAAAGUCGGUGUAAGUUUAUAAUUAAGUGAGACAUCUUUACUUUUC